AUGGAGCCGGGGACUACCUAUGUACAAAAACUCCCUUCAGGAAAGGUUGGAUUCGUUCGUCGUCCAAUAAAGAUCAAACCAACAAAAUCGAUACUUGCCGAUGCCUUUCUACCUAACCGGGACGGCCCAGCAUGGACGCCUCCUUAUACCUGCAACCUCGAUCCGCCUCCUACGGAUACUAUAGACCUUAAAGAUACAAACCGGCCACUGCCUCUGACGGACGGGCCGUCUCAAUCUUAUCAUCACUGCCGAGAGUGCCAGCUAGCUGCAAGAAAAUAUGACCCGGUAGUUUCUAACUUGGGCCAUCGUGAUGCAGCCGCCGAUGCUCUUCCGCCUGCGCCAUCCCCUAUUAUAGAACCACACAGUCCGACAUACCCUAGGAUUCAUGCUGCUCCAGCGGCAGAGACAAGACAUAGGUGUGCCGUAUGUGGACGGUAUCGCUCGCCUUCAUACCAAUAUCGACAUCCGAUCUUACCAGGCCGGAUACCUCCCACUAGUGUGUGUCGUAAGUGUCGAUUUACCUACACUUCUAGUAGUGACAGCACCGAAAGCGAUGAUACAGACAGGCGAUCUAGAGGGCGAAAGCGUAGUAGAGGGAGGCGUAGCAGUUCGAGACAGCGUCCUAAUAAGGAGCCUUUCAUUCAACCCUCUCCGCCCCCUCAAAUAUUACUUCAAGCUCCUCCUCAGGCCAGUCAGCCUCAACAAGCUCCUAUUUCUCCUCCUACCCCUCCGCUGCCCCCUGCAGUUACGAGGAUAGAGUCCUCUCCUAACAUAUUCCAUUUCUGCCCUAACCCUCCGGGCCUAUGUACGUUUCGCAGUCGGAGGGACUCCUACGAUUACGGCCUUCCAUCUCCCGCGAGUAGUCCUCACUGUUGCGCUACCCAGAGCCGCCAUUAUAUACCUGAUUAUAAGGAGACAGGCAGUUCUUGCUGCUUGCAUAGUCAUCAUCACCACUGUCGCCAUCGUGAAUCCAGGCCUUACACUCUUCGGAGGUCAAGGAGCGUUGAUGAGCCUCAGAUUGUUCCACCAGAGAGCCCCAGAAGAUCAGCUGUCCACGAGGAUAUAUCGCCUCCUAGACAAGUUGAUAGACCUAACACUCAAGAUAUUGACCCGUGGUCAAGGCCUACAAAUGAGAAUUGGGCUAACAGCCACGAACGCUUGAGAAAACCCCGAUCGCCAACUUGCUCACCCUCACCGGUGCGGGAAAGGCGCCGCGUAGAGUCGUGUAGUUUCUCUCCACCAAGAGACAAGCAGCCAUCUCGAACAAAGAUGUGCAGAUUUGCUCCAGAAGAAACGAGAAGCCCAUCAAACGUCCAAUACCAAACAUGGGAUGGAGACCGUCCAGGACGAAAGUAUAGCCAUACGAUAUCAAGAGACGAAGAAGACAGCGGCUGGUAUAAUGCCCAAGAGUACGAGAAGCCGGUUUACAUCCGGUCUUCCAGGGGUCUCAACAACCAACCGCAACCCUCUCAAGUCAUUACAGACAGGAGCUCUUCUAACACUAUAUUUAUACCAAAAGCUCGCCGUCAGUUCGGAACCAAGUUAUACCUACCCGACAAUUAUCGAGGGACAACGCGGCAUCUAUAA